UGGGUUGAGGAGAGGAAGUGGGACUCCUUCAGUUUAACUUGAACAGAGUGAAGAACAACAGAGGAAGAUGAAGGUCCGUUCUCUGCUGCUGUCGAUCGUCUUCAGCUGCUGCUGCUCUGCUGGAGAUCCUCCUGAUCCUCCUGAUCCUCCGUUGAUCCGUCUGAACUCCGACUUCCUGCCGAACCGAACCGAGGUGGUUCUGGAGGCCGGCUCCGGCUUCAACCUCAGCUGUCAUGGUGACCUUUCGGUCCGCUGGUCCACCACGGCGUUCAAUCUGUUGUACAAGGGCCAACAGCUGGACCCGUUGGUGGUAAAGAAGUCAGACCCCAGACACACCGGGACGUACCGCUGUGGGUACACCAACCGGAGCCUGGAACACCUGGACACCUGGAUACACCUGUAUGUUACAGAUCCAGCUGUCCCCUCCAGCGUGUUCGUCACGUCGUAUCGCAGAUCCUAUGAUCUCAAGGAGGGCCAGGACUUCCUGUUCAAGUGUCUGCUCACCGACCCGUCCGUCACUAACCUCACCCUCCAAUCAGAGGACAGCACCGGGAGCCUGCCCCAGGGGAUGACCGUGACCUUUGACCCCCGGAGAGGAGCCCUGAUCCGAGACCUGCAGCCGUCCUUUAACGGACGCUACGUUUGUUCAGGCUGGAAGGACGGAAGACAGUUCAGGUCCAAAGCUGUCUCCCUGCUGGUGGACCGCAGGCCCAGUGGUCCUCCCCGUCUGGCUGUCAGUGAGGACGAGGUGGUCCGUCUGGAAGGAGAGACCUUUGAGGUCACCUGUCUGACCAGUAACCCCUCCCAUUUGUACAUGGUCACCUGGACACACCCACACCUAAAGACUCUGAACGUCACAAACCACUAUCAAUACAGUAGCUCCCGUCUGCACAUAGACAGCACUCUGACCGUCUCUAAUGUCAGCCGGACUCACGGCGGGACCUACACCUGUACCGCCAUCAACGAGGACGGAGGAGUCGCCACGGCAACCACACACCUCACCGUUCUGGACGGGCCCUACCUGAGGAUCUACCUGCAGCUAGCUAACGCUAACACCAAGCCCAUCGAGGUCUUUGAGGACCCGGCUGCUAAUGUUAGCAGCGUGGGGAUGGAGGUGCAAGGAGAGCUAGAAGCUAACCUUAGCAGCGGUUCCCUAAAGGUGUACGGGGAACUGAUCGUUAACGUUAGCACCGUCAGAAAGGACGGGGACGGGGACGGCGGCGCUGACGUCAGCGGCAGCAGCACCGUGGAGGUGUACGAAGGUCGAGAUGUGAGGCUGACGUUUGUGAUGGAGGCUUAUCCUCCAAUCAGGAACCAGCACUGGACGACAACAGCACAGGUCCACAACGACAACAACGUUAUGGUGUACCAGGAGAGCUACGCUGCUAACGGCUACAGGUCCGAGGCGAUCUUGCAGCUGCGACGGGUUCGUCAGGAGGAUCGAGGUCGAUACUCGUUCCACUUUGAUAACUCGUUCUUCAACGGCUCGCAGAACAUCGACCUCCGAGUCUAUCGUUCUCCGAGUGUCGUCGUCCGUCUGGAGAACGACACUCUGACCUGCAGCAGCUCUGGAUACCCACUACCCACAAUCCUUUGGAACAGCUGCCCCGGCGUGCGCGAAACAUGUUUUAAUGACCUCGACGUCGCCCACCUUCCUCCAGCUGCAGUGACCUCACAGGAAGAGGAAGUGAGGAGUCACCUGACCCUCCCUGUGUCCUCUGGUGAUGAUGUCACUGUGGAGUGUAUCUCCUACAGCCAGAUGGGAGUGUCUCAGGAAGUCUUUCAUCCUCGAAACCAGCAGAGUGUCUUGACGCCGGCUCUGAUUGGAUCUCUGAGUGUUGCCGCCGUCCUCCUCCUGCUCUUAUUGGUCGUCUUCUACCAGUGGAGACAGAAACCCAGAUACGAGAUCCGCUGGAAGAUCAUCGAGAGCACCGACGGGAACAACUACACAUUCGUUGACCCCACCCAGCUGCCGUACAACCACGAGUGGGAGUUUCCUCGAGACAAACUGCGCCUCGGUGCUGUUGUUGGUUCGGGGGCGUUCGGGAAGGUUGUCGAGGCGACAGCGUACGGUCUGGGAACCAACAACGUCACCAGAGUCGCCGUCAAGAUGCUCAAACCGAGCGCUCACUCAGAGGAACGUGAAGCUCUGAUGUCGGAGCUGAAGAUCCUGGGCCAUCUUGGUUACCAUGACAACAUCGUCAACCUGCUGGGAGCCUGCACUCGAGGAGGCCCCAUGUUGAUGAUCACAGAGUACUGUAGCCAUGGCGACCUGCUCAACUUCCUGCGGGCUCGCGCUCAGGACUUCAUGGCGUGCGUUGUGAGUGUGGAUGAGGUGGAGGGGGAGGCCUUCUAUAAGAACACGGCCGCCCAGAACGCCAGGCUCAGGAGUGACAGUGGGAUCUCGUGCAGUUCAGACUAUCAGGAGAUGCAGCCGGUUCUGAGUCCAGGACAAACACACCAAGGUGUGCAGACCAACCGUGUCUCUGUGACUGACCUCAUGAGGUUUUCCUACCAGGUGGCUCAGGGUCUGGACUUCCUGUCCACCAGGAAUUGUAUCCACAGAGACGUAGCAGCGAGAAACGUCCUGCUGACUGAUCGCCGUGUUGCAAAGAUCUGUGACUUCGGAUUGGCGAGAGACAUCCGCAACGACGACAGCUACAUCGUACAGGGAAAUGCCCGUCUCCCAGUGAAGUGGAUGGCUCCAGAGAGCAUCUUUCAGUGUGUUUACACCGUCCAGAGUGACGUCUGGUCCUACGGAGUCUUACUGUGGGAGACCUUCUCCCUGGGUAAGAGUCCGUACCCAAACGUUGCCGUGGAUACCAACUUCUACAAGAUGAUCCAAGAUGGCCGCCACAUGGACCAGCCAGACUUCGCUCCAGCAGAGAUGUACGAGCUGAUGACGCUUUGCUGGAGUUUAGAGCCAACAGACAGACCGACCUUUAAAAUGAUUGGUCAGCUGAUUGACAGGCUCCUCCCCUCCACCAAUGACACGUGGCCAAAUCACAGCGACCAGUCCAUGUACAAGAACAUCGACGAGUGCAGAGAGGAAGAGGAGGAGGAGGAGGAGGUCAGAGGAGGAGAAGGAGCACUGAAGAGAGGAGAAGAAGAGGAGUGCAGCCAGAGAGAGCGCCAUGACGACGACCACGACGACGCUGACGAUGAGGAGGAGGAGAAGCCGAUGAUGAAGAACAUCUACCAGCUGUCCUGAUAGUCCAAUCAAACUGUGUUUCAGCGCCGUCAUUCAAAAGGAAACCUUUAUUCAAAGACUCAGAGUGAACGACGACGACAUGAAACCAGCAGAGCUGAUCGUACUAAUACUGACUAAUACAUACUAAUGAGUCCAAAUACUUACGUCAGGAGUCCAAAUACUGACGUCAGGAGUCCAAAUACUGACAACAUGAGUCCAAAUACUGACGUCAGGAGUCCAAAUACUGACAACAUGAGUCCAAAUACUGACGUCAGGAGUCCAAAUACUGACGUCAAGAGUCCAAAUACUGACAACAUGAGUCCAAAUACUGACGUCAUGAGUCCAAAUACUGACGUCAUGAGUCCAAAUACUGACGUCAUGAGUCCAAAUACUGACGUCAUGAGUCCAAAUACUGACAUCAUGAGUCCAAAUACUGACGUCAUGAGUCCAAAUACUGACGUCAUGAGUCCAAAUACUGACAACAUGAGUCCAAAUACUGACGUCAUGAGUCCAAAUACUGACGUCAUGAGUCCAAAUACUGACAUCAUGAG